CUUGAGCCGUUUAUUUCACCUGCUCUAUUCAAGAGACAUCCGGAAGCCAUUGAUGAAUGGUCACUAAGCACACCAAUGGCUGCAGACACCCCCUAUGGUGGAUUGAACCAGAUUGAGGAGCAUUGCAAGUCGUUCAUCGUGAGUUCAUCACUAUUUUGUAUGAGAUGUUAA